CCAAAUGACGAGAUUAGGGUUCUUUGAUGUUUCUCCGUCGCCCAGGCUGGGCCGAGGAGUUUGCUGCUGCGUCGGCAUCCACCUCCUCGCCGCAGCAAUCGGCGUGCAAUGUGGUGGCGGAGCUGGUGGAAUCGCUGGUGGCGCAGCGGCAGCGGCGCGAGGUUGCGCUGCGGCUGCGCGAGGCGCUGCGUGAUGUGAGGGCCAAUUUCUCCUUCGCCAGGGUCAAGGGCCUUCGCCGUCUGCUCGCAUUCCUGGUGCUCGCCGCUGCGUCCGAGAGGGGUGUGGAGCUCUUCCGGGAGAGCCAGAGCUAUCAAGAACUCCAAGUGAUACCGGCGUUGUUCAAGCACACAUUGGCACAGCAAAAAUCACCAGCGAGCGCGCCACCGGUGUUUAACUCCUCGGAAGAAGCGGCAGAAGUCUCGAAUCCUCCCACCCCUGCGGAGAUCGUCCUCGCACUUCGCGUUCUUGAGGGAUGCUGCCUCGUCGACAACUCGAGCAAAGCGGCCGCGGCUCACCACAUGGCCGUCAAGGAGCUGCUUGAUCUGCUAUCAGCGACUGGGAUCCCCGAGCGCACGGCUUGCCUGGACGCGCUCUUGGCACUGUUGCUGGAUUCUCCUGCCAAUCAAAAAGAAUUCGAGUACUACCGAGGUGUUUCAAAGAUCUGCGACUCGCUAAAGAAUCGCCAUGUCGACGUCGCACUCAGGACGAAAUGCGCCGAGUUCUUGCUGCUGCUCGUGGGAGACAUACUCCCCAAGACGGAGGCGCUGCAAGAUCAACUCAAGGAGUGCAUGGGCACCGAAUGCUGCGUCAUUCUCUGGGACGUUUACUCCAACCUCGAGCCUGCCUUUGCCGAUCCAGAGAGGAAAAAGAGGUCGCUCAAAUCGCUAGCGGAGAAGAUGCUAAGCCUUGUAGAUAGCUAAGCAUCGAUGCUCAAGCCAUUCGUGUAAAAUUGUGCGUAACACCCGAGGAGUCUGGGCUGGGAAACAACGAUCAAAUCUUUUGUCAGGUUUUAAAAAAACAUAAAAAUAAAAACGAAUUAGUAAAAUCUA